AGACAAUCCACGUCAAACCACCCCACCAAUGCAUGAAAUGGUAACGGUCCUCUAUCAUCCACGUGUCACUCUACUACUCGUCCACGCACUCCACGAAGACAAAAGAAAAAUCACUCACAGGAAUGGAUAAGCUCUACUACAUAUCCAAUGAAGUUCAUCAAUGGCGUCUCUUAGCUCUCUCCACACACUCAUCACUGCCCAAAGCCAUGGCCAUUUGGAGCUCUGACUGGCCUCUUCCUCCACUCCCACCACCUCGCAAGACCCUCUUCAAAACAACCUCUCUCUUCAUCUCCAUCUCCAUCUCUCCAACUCCAUCCAUCAACCCUUUUGCCACUCGGAAAUCCAUUUUCACCAACUCCUCCAAACCAUCUUCUUCUCCUCCUCUCCUUGAUAACACUCCCAAUGGACUCCAACUCAUCCAAAUCCCUCCCAUUUCAGACCUUGAAUUCACCACUGACUUCAUCCAUGGCCUUUGCCAGAAUUCCACCACUGAGUCCAUUGCCUUUGAUUACUACCAGAAAGCAAAACAGCAGCCACAGUUCAAGCCAUUGACCCAAACUAUGAACCUCUUGAUCAAAACUCUCCUCAAAUCUAAGCAAUGGAGCUCUAUCUCAACUCUUGUUCAUGAUUUCAAAGUUUUCAGUGUGUUUCCAGGGAGGCUCACCUGUUCUAGAUUGAUCACCAGCUGCAUUGCUUCAAGAAAAUUCAAACUCACAGAGUCUUUGCUUAGCAUUGUUGAAGCUAAGGAAGAGAUUGCCGUCUCUGCUUUCAGUUCAGCAAUGCGAAGCUAUAACAAGCUACAUAUGUACAGCAGCACAGUGAUGAUCUCCAAACGAAUGAAAAGCUCUGGCAUUGCAGUGACUCCCAGAGGCUACUUGUACAUUAUGAAGGCUCACCAUAUGCUUGGGAAUCCUCAGAUGGUGUUUUCUCUUUUCAGUGAGUUUGAGGCAAAGAACUGGAAAUUCCCAGAAUUAACUGCUAAGAUUUAUGCAAUUUUGUGUGAUUCAUUAGGAAAGUCAGGGAAGGCUUCUGAAGCUCUAAGGUACUUCAGAGAUAUGUUGAGCAAAGGCAUUCCUCCAAACCACUCCUUAUAUGCUUCACUUAUCUCCUCAUUUGCAGUGAUUAGAGAAGCAGAAGUGGCUGAGAGUCUCUUCCAGGAAGCCAAAAAGAAGGCAAUGGUGAAAGAUCUGGCUGUGUUUCUGAAACUAGUAGUUAUGUAUUUAGAUGUUGGUUUAGAAGAGAAGGCAGUUGGAGUAGUGGAGGCAAUGGUGGAGAUGAAGAUAUGGGUAACAGACUGCAUUCUUUGUGCCAUUGUUAAUGGAUACAACAGAAGAAGAGGACUCAAGGCAUCAGUGAUGGUUUAUGAGAGAUUCAUUUCCUUAGGAUGUGAACCAGGACAAGUGACAUAUGCUUCCAUGAUUAGUAUAUAUUGGAGACUAGGCCUUCCACUAAAAGCAGAGGCUUUGUUCUUGGAGAUGAUGGAGAAGGGAUUCAAUAGGUGUUUGGUUGCUUAUUCCACUAUGAUUUCAAUGUAUGGAAAGCUUGGAAGAGCGAGUGAUGCAAUGAAGCUUUUGGCCAAGAUGAAAGAAAUUGGUUGCAAGCCUAAUGUUUGGGUUUACAAUGCUCUUCUUGACAUGCAUGGAAGGCUUGUGAAUCUCAGGCAGGUAGAGAAGUUGUGGAAGGAGAUGAAAAGGAGAAAAAUCCAAGCUGAUAAAUUCAGUUAUACAAGCAUCAUUGGAGCAUACAACAAGGCUGGGGAGUUUGAGGAGUGCAUCAAGUACUACCACGAGUUCAAAAUGAAUGGAGGGAAGUUAGACAGGGCAUUGUGUGGGAUCAUGGCUUCAGUUUUCUCAAAGACUGAGAGAAUAGAUGAGUUGCUGAAAUUACUGCAGGAAAUGAAAUCAGAGGGAGUGAUGUUUGAUGAGAGGCUUUACAAGUCUGCUUUGAAUGCUCUCAGAGAUGCUGCUCUUCAUCUUCAGGUGGAAUGGUUUCAGAAAAACGUUAGUUUUCACAAGGAUGAAACUUGAUGAUGAAUUAGCAAUUCGUUGUCAGUAAGUGUUUUCAAAGGUUUCUUUGUAGAGGGUGCUCUCUUGCUAUCUAAACCAUCUGCAAAGCUCUUGCAAGACUUGAGCUUCUUCAAUGGUCUCUCAGGUUUCACCAAAUCCUCCAAGCUUCUCACAUUUGC